GGACGGUUUCUUUUAUUUCUCCACAAAAUCUUUGAUGGUUAUUCCUGGCCACAAUUUCUCGUCCCGGAACAGGGGAUAAUGUUUGGCAUCAAACUGACACAAUUUAGUUUGUCAGUGAGUGUACGUGUCGUGUCGUAUCGUUAUUGCUCAAGUGUUGAAUAAUAAAUGCCGGGCUGGCUUCCAUUUUGAACGGCGACAGAUACAGUGAUUUAGUGGUGCUGGCUUUCAGUGGCACACGGUGAUCUGAGUUUUGACCAACAACAAAAUCCCUCAGAAUGAUUUCACGGACGCCAUUCUUUGUAGUAACUAACACUGGCAAGGAGGAACGUUUCUGUGAAGAAUGUGUAGCGAUUCCUCCAAACACGAAAAUUCACUCAUCUUUCAUUUCACAAGAAAAUCAAACAUCUGCGAAAGCCUCAAACAGUCCAAAACUUGCAACAGCCCAACAACACAAUCAAAACUGUACCAAUUCACAUAUUAUAUCAGACAAUGAUGAUUCAUAUGACCCGAAUGCGUGUGCUGGUUGUAGAGAACCAUUAAAAGAAGGUCAGGCGUUGAUCGCUUUAGAUCGGCAAUGGCAUAUAACUUGUUUCAGGAAGGGGUUUGAAUUAGGGAUGUGUGUAUAACCCCAAAAUUAAGAUAUCGCUCCCGAAGGCCAUAGCUCCCAAACUACGGGGGAAGGAUAACUGUGGUAAUGUGAGCUGCAAAGUAAUACAAUAUAACAGUGGAAUGAAGCAAGAGAGAAAUGAAAUAACAACUUGUUCUGUUGGCGUUAGUCG